AUGGUCUCCUUCCCGAUGUCAGCGUUUCUGUGUGUUGCUGUGCUCUGCACUGUGGCUUUGGUGUCAGGACAGCCUCAGAUACAUGAAUUUUGUCAAGGUUCUUGUCCAACUGGCUGGGCCAGCUUCAAUGGACGCUGCUUCCAGUAUUUCACCCUUGAAAAGGACUGGGCAGAGGCUGAGAGUCACUGUGUGAGUCUGGGGGGGCACCUGGCUUCAGUGCACAGCGAAGAGGAAAACAACUUUGUCAAGAAGCUCACCCUGAGCUACAAUCCUUCAGACGGCCGCUUCUGGUUGGGGCUGACAGACUGCUACAAGGAGGGUACCUGGAGAUGGUCAGACGGCACCGAGACGGACUUCACCGAGUGGAACCCUAGCGAGCCAAACAACGCCAAUGGCGGAGAGAAUUGCCUGCUUCCAGACGCUAGAUCAAAAUGGAACGAUGCCCGCUGUCCCAUUGGGUACCGCUUUAUGUGUGCCUUACAGCCAGAGGCAAAGUAGAUCGCUGGAUUGUACUGCUACCAAGGACGAUCUGCUGAAGCUCUUUGUGUGAAA